ACUCAACACACACUUGAGUUUCUCAUAUAAAGUGGCUUAAAAAUAUUAUUGUCACUCCUCAGGAAUUUUCUACUUUUCUAGCAUGACAGAAAUCAUUCAAAACAUCCUUGAACAUUCACACAAGAAGACCGUAAGAGAACGCAAUCAAACACGUGAAACAGCUUUAUUAUACUUGUGUAUUUAUUUCUUUAAGAAAAUGAAUCAUUUGUACAUGCCUAUGAAUUGCAAAAGUAUGUGAAACGUUGUUUCCAGCAUCUGUUAUGACCCCCUUGUGCAGCAAUAGUAGUAUUAAGUGUUUCCAGUAACUGCUUAUACACUAUGUUGCCAAAAGUAUCCAGUCACCCAUCCAAAUAACUGAAUUCAGGUGUUCCAAUCACUUCCAUGGCCACAGCUGUGUAAAAUCAAACACCUGAGGCACAUAGUGCACAGAGAUUGCCAACAUUCUGCAGAGUCAGUCACUGCAGACCUCCAGCUUCACGUGGCCUUCAGAUUAGCUCAAGAACACUUUGUGGAAUGAGCUGCCAUCCGAGCAGCUACAUCCAAGUCAUACAUCACCGAGUGCAAUGCAAAGCAUCAGAUCCGGUGGUGUAAAGCACACCACCACUGAAUUCUAGAGCAGUGGAGACGUUCUCUGGAGUGAUGAAUCACGCUUCUCCAUCCCACAAUCUGAUGGACCAGUCUGGGAGAACGGUACUUGUCUAACUGCAUUGUGCCAAGGGUGAAGUUUGGCGGAGGGGGGAAAAUGUUUUUCAGGAGCUGGACUUGGCCACUUAGUUCCAGUGAAAGAGACUGAAAGAGAAUUAUUCAGCAUACCAAGAGAUUUUGGACAAUUCCAUGAUCCCAACUUUGUGGGAACCGUUUCAGGAUGACCCCUUCCUGUUCCAACAUGACUUUACACCAGUGCACAAAGCAAGGUCCAUAGAGACAUGGAUGAGGGAGGCUGGUAAGGAAGAACUUGACUGGUCUGCACAGAGUCCUGACCUCAACCUGACAGAACACCUUUGGGAUGAAUUAGAGUGAAGACUGUGAGUCAGGUCUUCUUGUCCAACAUCAGUGUCUGACCUCACCAAUAAGAAUUGCCAAAAAUUGCCAUAAACACACUCCUAAACCUUGUGGAAAACCUUCCCAGUACAGUUGAAGCUCUUAUAGCUGCAACAGGUGGGCCGACAUCAUAUUAAACCCUAUGGAUUAAGAAUGGGAUUAAGAACUGAGCUCUCCUCAGUACAGAACCUCUUCAGUUCUGACAUGUUGGUGCGUUUCCUUAUAUGAAUUGUUCGCUUCAGAUCCUUUCACAGCAUUUCUAUCAAAUUAAGAAACAGUCAUGCGCGUUCUUCCCUGCGGCUUAAUUUAAGUUCACCAACGCUCGAAGCAGAAAAUCCUACGAUGUCGACCCAAGAAGAACAAGCUAACAUCGGUAAAGUGCUUUGUUUUCUCCAAGAGUGGGACCGCGGUGACAGGACGGUCCGCAGCCGCAUGUUGAACACCUUCCUGACCCAGAACACGGGGAAGACGUGUUAUGAGCUGGAGCUGGAGUUCGCUCAGGUUGCCAGUCUCUUCCUGGCUCGGCUCACCACCUGGAUGAGACUCACAUACAUGUUUGGGACGGCCUUGGGACUCCAGCUGAAAGCAAUUGGGAUUUUCUUGUCUGCUUCCAGCCAUGAUCAGUACCUGAUGGAGUUCCUGGAGGAUGGAGGCGUUCUCACUCUCUUAGACAUCGUGAACCACUCUCAGAGCAAAGAGGAGCACAAGGCUGAAGCCCUGCGACUUCUACUCAGUGUUUCACAGGCUGGUCGCAAGUGCAAAGAGAUUAUCUGUGAAAGCCAUGGUGUGAAAGUCAUAGCAGAAUUCCUGGCCACAUCAAAGACAGAUGAAACCCAUGAAACAGCGGGGAUGCUCUUAGACUCCCUGUCCCAUGGAAACCCAAAAUAUCAAGAGCAUAUAUACAGAGCUCUGAUUGCCCUCGUGACUUGUAGCUCACCUCAGGUUCAGCAGCUGGUCCUGUGCAUCUUACGAACUGUCCAGCUGAAACUGAAAACAGCCCAUCCCAGCAUUAUAGAGCCCCUGCUUAAUCUGCUCAGGUCCCUGCACCCUGAGGUCCAGGAUCAAGCUCUUAGGCUCAUCUUAGACCUGAGAUGUUGUGAUGUGAAGGCAAUGCUGCUCACUGGACUGGUGGCUCUGCUGAGGCCUUUCAGAGAAGAAGUGCAGCAGAUCACACAGGGAGCUGAGCUGAUCAUGAUGACUGGAUCUCUCCCAGUGUUUGUGCAACAAGCUGCUGCGGCUAAAGCUAUCCGCUUGUUGGCUGAAAAAGAUGAGGAGCUUUCUUGUGAGCUUCUCUCUUUCGGAGUGAUCCGGCAACUCCUGCAUGCAAUGGGCAACAGAGAACAUGUCGAUGCCCAAAUACAAGCCAGUCUAGCCUUGGAGCACUUUGUCCGCACAUUCCCUGCUACUGAAGCACACGUGCAGAGAGUCAUGGGCAGUGCACUGUUUGCAGCUUUCAUGACCAAAGCUGAGACUUUGUACAUGCAUAUAGAUGAAAUGCAAGCAGAAAUCCUGCUAUCAAACCGGUUUGACACAUCACAAGUUUUGGAAUCUGACUGUGCCAGAUUAACAGACCACUGCAGUAAUGCAGAUUAAUAAAAAAAUGUUGUGUGCAUGUGUUUCUAAAUUAAAAGUAAAAAUGUAUAACCUUUGUUAUCUACCAGUUUUCAAUGUCCGGAAUUAAGAAGAAUAAAUACAUGUGGACACAAAUUAUCCACAUAUACAACAAA